UCUAAAACAUAUAUGCUUAUUGACGUACAAGCGAUGUAUUCUUCUUAAAUCAUUAUAACCUUAAUUCUUAAGCUUAUACAUAGAAUAAAAUUAUUGGAAGUAGAACACCAUGAGUCUAUUUCGCAAUCUUUUGCGACAAACUCGUACAUUGAGCCUUCAGAUUAAUCCAUCCCGCAGUGGGUAUGGAGUUGCUGGUGUUAAAGGUUUUCAUACUACAACAAAAAAUCAAGAUCUAAUGGAAUUUUUUGAUGAGAAAAAGAACUGGAAUGAAAAUAAUAUAAAGGUGGGAAGAUCAUGGAAAUUAGACGAAUUGAGAAUAAAAUCUAAUACAGAUUUGCAUAAACUGUGGUAUGUGUUGUUGAAAGAACGUAAUAUGCUGUAUACCAUGGAACACGAGUGUAAUGAUCAAGUUAAAUUAUUUCCAAAUCCAGAGAGAAUUGAUAAAGUUGAGGAAUCAAUGAAACAUAUAGAGACAGUAGUCAGAGAAAGAAAUGUUGCUUAUUAUCAACUAGAAACAGGGGAAACUGGAGAACGUCCGGUGGAAGAGGUUGUAAAUCUUUUUGGUUUGCCAGAGAAUUAUUCUCAAAAGGAGUAUUUCCUACCAAAGUUUAUGAAUACUCGUUGGAUCAAGACAUAUUUAGAUCAUGGUUAUAUCAAUAGUGUUGCAGUUAAGAAGUUUUAUAGAUUGUACAAAGAAAAACAACAUAAUGAGGAGCGUAAAGCCCGUAAUAGAGAUUUUAAUCACGUCCAACAUCUUUUAAAACGUUUCCCUGACAUGGAUAUGGAUGCAUUGAAGGCAGAGUACCCUAAUGUAGAUAUAGAAAAGGCUAAGCGUUCUAAAAAAGCAAGAGGACAUUAUAUGCCAAAGUACUAGGCUGAAUUAAGAAAUCAUUAGGAAAAUAGUUUUUUAUAAUAAUUAAUAAAUAAAUAUAAUUAAAAAUAAAUCUUUGACAGAAA